CUUUCCCGAGUGGUGGAGCAGUAGUACAGUCUGUAAAGUUCGUUUUAGGGCAGCGCUGAGCUGGGUUUAGGGUCCCCAGGAAGGGCUGGGAGCGGGCGGGAGUGCCCCUCAGACGGGUCAGCCGGCCGACUGGAAGGAGAGGUGGAAGCUGACUGAUGGGGGUGGGCGGAGCCGUGAAGAUGGAGGGAGCUCCGUCGGUGCGGGAUGUCACUGCCAGGGGCCGGGGGAAAAAGGGAAGGCGGGGCCUGAAGCGGGCUACCGGCUGCCGGGAGAAGGGGCCUUAAUCUGAAGAAGGGACUGGGACUUAGUGGGAUUCUCGGGCGACUUCCGUUGAGUGACGGACUGCGUGGGUCACACUGAUGUUUGGGGUGACUCACGGACAGAGUAUCGUAGGAGGUCGCUAGGCUGACGUCAUGGAGGUGGUGUGCAAAGGAGCCAGACCGAGUGGUUUAAGAAGCGUGCUCCACUGCAUGGUAUCCGAGAGACCCAGUGCAAGUGUGGGCACCUCUCUGAGCCUCAGUUACCUCAGCUAUAAAUGGGAAUAACAACCAUACACGACGAACAGCGUUGGUGGGGUGCUUACUGAGGUGAAGUGUGUGCUAUAGUAACCUGCUGUGAAUGAUUAAUAAAUUGUUAUGGUACCACAAUUAUUAACAUUAUAUGGUAUUUGCGGAGGGCAAGGGAUGUGGCAAUCGAAUUGACGCGGACAGGACAGGGUUUGGAGGUGACUAGCAAGGCGAGGACAUCGUGUGAUGAGGCGGGAUUGGGAGGGGAUAUAGUCAAGGAUGGGUUUCGGCGGUCAGGUAGGAGGGGCCCUGGAAUGAUAAAGGCAGACUUAGAGUGUGACCAAAGUAAAGGUGGACUCUAAAGAAGGGGUGGUACACUCUGGUACGGGGACGGGGCCUUGUGGCUGGGGUGACUCGGGGUUGAGCGGCGUUGCUGAGGGGCGGGUUGUCUUAGGGUUUCCCGGGGGAGGAGGAGCCUGUCUGCGGCGGGCGGAGCUGCGGGCUAGACCCGGCUGCGCGCAUCUGCCGGUCUCCCUCGUACUCGCACUGCAGCCGCCAGCCUGAGCCAUGGGGCGUCGCUCCCUCCUGCUCCUACUCUUGGUUUUCCUGACACACGGGGCCGCCACCCCGGUACCGCCGGCGCUGAGGGCCCUCAGCAACCUGCACAUGUCCACCAGCUUCAAAUACCGCCCCACUGUGGCCCUGGAGUACUCGAUUCACUACAUCCAACAGAAGGUUGAUCAUUUUGGAUUUAAUACUGAUAAAACUUUUAAACAGCGGUACCUAAUAGCUGAUAAACACUGGAAGAAAGAUGGUGGAUCAAUACUUUUCUACACUGGUAAUGAAGGGGACAUUAUCUGGUUUUGCAACAAUACGGGGUUCAUGUGGGACGUGGCUGAGGAACUGAAAGCUAUGUUGGUGUUUGCAGAACAUAGAUACUACGGAGAAUCCCUGCCCUUUGGUUCCAACUCUUUCAAAGAUUCCAAACACUUGAAUUUUCUGACAUCAGAACAAGCUCUGGCUGAUUUUGCAAAGUUAAUCAAAUACUUGAAAAGAACAAUCCCAGGAGCCAAAAAUCAACCAGUCAUUGCCCUAGGGGGCUCUUAUGGUGGCAUGCUUGCAGCCUGGUUCAGGAUGAAGUAUCCUCAUAUUGUGGUUGGAGCUCUUGCAUCCUCUGCCCCGAUCUGGCAAUUUGAGAAUAUAGUACCUUGUGGUGUAUUUAUGAAGGCUGUAACUACAGAUUUUAGGAAAAGUGGCCCAAAUUGUUCAGAGAGCAUCCAUAGAUCCUGGGAUGCCAUUAGUCGACUCGCAAAAAAGGGCACUGGCUUGCGUUGGCUUUCUGAAGCCCUUCACUUAUGCACUCCGUUAACAAAUUCUCAGGAUGUUCAGCAUUUGAAAGACUGGAUCUCUGAAACCUGGGUAAAUCUGGCAAUGGUGGACUACCCUUACGAGUCUAACUUUUUACAGCCUUUGCCUGCUUGGCCUAUCAAGGUAGUGUGCCAAUAUUUGAAAAAUCCUAGUGUAUCUGAUUCACUGCUGCUGCAGAAUAUUUUUCAAGCUCUGAAUGUAUAUUACAAUUAUUCAGGCCAGGUGAGAUGCCUGAAUAUAUCAGAGACAGCAACCAGCAGUCUGGGAGCCCAGGGUUGGAGCUAUCAGGCCUGCACAGAAAUGGUUAUGCCCUUUUGUUCUAAUGGUAUUGAUGACAUGUUUGAACCCCGGUCGUGGAACUUGAAGGACUAUUCCGAUGAAUGUUUUAAACUGUGGGGUGUGAGACCUAGGCCCUCCUGGAUCACUACUAUGUAUGGAGGCAAAAACAUCAGUUCACACACAAACAUCAUUUUCAGCAAUGGUGAACUAGACCCCUGGUCAGGAGGCGGAGUAACCAAGAAUAUUACAGACACCUUAGUUGCAAUCGUCAUCCCAGACGGGGCCCAUCAUCUAGAUCUCCGAGCCAACAAUGCCUUUGAUCCCACAAGUGUGCUAUUAGCCCGCUCCUUGGAAGUUAGAUACAUGAAGCAGUGGAUCAAAGAUUUCUAUGCCAGUCUGGGAAAGAAACACUGAAUUUGGUGGGGACGAAGGUUGAGAUAGAAGAGAACAUGAUAGUGUUGACAGUAGCCAUCCCACCGCCUGGGUCCUCGCCACCUUUGCACCAUCUCCAGGAAGAAUCUCUUCAUGAAAGCUUCCCCAAAGCAUCAAUGGCCUACAGAACUGGAACAAAGUGUUGACUGCCUUUCACAAGAGGGAGAGUCACUUCCUUUGUUUCUCUGAAAGCAGGGAUUUCUCUUGGUUUUGAAGUUGAAGUCUCUUUGACCCAUUUGUCACUCCCCCCUCCUCUACCCUCCCAAAAGGAAAAGCAGAAGAUGGAUAAAAAUGAUGUAAUUGCAGCUGGUAGGAAGCAUAUCCAAUGCCAAACCAGGAAAUGGGAGCCAUUUCUUUUGUACUUGAUUUAACGACAUUUGACUAUGCUGUAAAUAAAGAAUAGGGCUGGACCUUA